CACAAUUUCUGGGCAUAAUCCAUCUGAUCGAGCGGACGAGACAGGUACAGAAAAGAGAGAGAGAUGGCAUCUGGUUGGGGAAUCAAUGGGACCAAAGGUCGGUGCUACGAUUUCUGGGUCGACUUCAGCGAGUGUAUGUCCCGUUGCAGAGAGCCCAAGGACUGUGGCCUCCUCCGCGAAGACUAUCUCGAGUGCCUCCACCAUUCCAAAGAGUUUCAACGAAGAAAUCGGAUUUAUAAGGAGGAGCAACGUAAAUUAAGAGCUGCUGCACGAAAAGACAAGGAAGGCGAAGACGGUGUUCAUCGCCAUGCAUAGUGAUACUUUGUGAUCCUUUAAUUUUCCAAGAAUAAUAAUAAGAAUAGUGCAUGUCUGAUUGUGGUAUUUUUGUUGGGACUGGUCUUUUAACUCAUUGCUAGACUACCUUUUUUUCCCCCUUUC